UUUUAGGGUGUAAUCGUUGGGAUGACUACUUGAUACCGAGUCCUAACUAAAAAUGAAGAAAACCAAUAUAUCUAAUCUUCUGCAAUCCAUCUCUGUCCUCGCCACAUUGAGAGUGAUCGUCAAUGGACAAACAACGUGUAAUGGCGGUUUGGGUCGAGUCGUUUACGAGAGACUUCCGGACCAACAGCUUCAGGGUUUCGACGAUGAUGUGGUACGAGAUUCUGCACCACCAUUUAGAGUUUUGGAAAAAUGUCAAGAAUUAUGCCUACGGGAUAGAACAGCAACGAACAAUUUAGUUCGUGCUUGCACGAGCUUCGAUUUUCAACCCGGUAGCAGAAUAGCUUCUUUCAGCGGAGCUGCUGAAUAUGAAGAAAGCACUUGCUAUUUAACGAGGGAACAGGCACAACCAGAAGGAAUUGGAAAUCUAAUGCUGGUGCCAAACAGCGUUCAUUUUACAGAAGUUUGUCUUGGCUCUGAUAGGAUAGAAAGAGAGUGUCCAAAUCGGCGUUAUGUUUACGAGAGACAUCCCAGGAAGAAAUUGAAAUUACCAUUAACAGAUAUCAAGGAAGUUAGCGCAGCAAAUAGAACAGACUGUGAGGAUAGAUGUCUGAACGAGUUCAGUUUCAUUUGUCGAUCUGCAACCUACGAUACUGCUCUAAGAAGCUGUGCUCUGAGUCGUUUUACUAGAAGAACGCAUCCUGAAUUAUUAGAGGAUGAUCCAAAUUCUGAUUACCUUGAAAACACUUGUCUGAAUGCGGAACGUCGUUGCGAUGGGUUAACUGUAUUCGUCAAAGAAGAGAACAAACGUCUUCGAGGACCAUUCGAAGUCGACAUUUAUACGAAUCUUACCUUAGACGAGUGUCAAGCCCUUUGUCUCAGAGCGGAGAAAUACUUCUGUCGAAGCGUCGAAUUCGACGAGCAAACGAGGCAAUGUGUCAUUUCUGAAGAAGAUUCCGUUUCUCAAAAAGACGAUAUCGGAAUAAGCAGCAGCCCCAGCCACCAUUUCUAUGAUCUUGUUUGUUUGGAUAAUCAUCCAUCCAUAGCACGUGGCUCCGAAUAUCCGGACAGCAGCCCCUCGUCGCAUCUUUUCUCCGAUGGGCGACGACCAGAUACAGCGUUCCAGCGUUAUAGAAACUCUCGUUUGAGCACUGAAUUUCAUUCUGAGAUAACUGGGCGUAGUCUGAGCGAAUGCCUUGACGAGUGUCUUCGACAGACCAGCUUCCAAUGUCGAAGCGCCGUGUACUCCGAACACCUUCACACGUGCCAAUUGAGCCGGUUCAACCAACGAGACGGGCGCAGGAUCAUCUACGAUGCAGAAUACGAUUAUUACGAGAAUCUUAUGCAUCAAUAUUUGGAUGGAGAUCGAGACAGUCCAGGGUACAGGCCAGAUCCUUUGGGACAGGACACGAAUUUUGGUCGGCCUUCUCUAGGGAGACCCGGUUAUCCAGAAGAUUACGACAAAGGAUUCAGCAGCAGCGUGAAGCCAGAUCGAUAUCCGGAUCGUUACCCAGAUCGUUAUCCGGAUCGAUACCCUAGCAGAUAUCCAGAUCGAUAUCCAGAUCGUUAUCCAGAACGUUAUCCAGACCGAUAUCCUAACAGAUAUCCGGAUCAAUAUCCCGACAAAUAUCCUGACAAAUAUCCUGAUCGUUAUCCCUCUAAAUAUCCCGACAAAUUUCCCGAUAAAUAUCCAGAUCGUUAUCCUGAUCGUUAUCCAGGAGAUAGAUAUCCAGACAGGUAUCCUCUGAAUGGGCAAUAUCCAAUUGGAGCAGCAGGUGAUACGUUUCCAGAUCCUAUAGAUCGAUAUCCCAUCAGUGAUCGUUUCCCUGUUAACGAUCGUUAUCCAGCAAUAGAUCGGUAUCCAUCUUCAGACAGGUAUCCAAUUCCUGAUCGAUAUCCAAACAGAGGUGGUGAUAGACGUCCUAUUCAUCCUGACCGAUACCCUAUUUCUGAUCCUGGAAUAGACAGAUAUCCAACAAGUGGUAGUAGAUAUCCUAGUGGAAUUGGUGGUCGAUAUCCAAUAUCUCCAGGUCGUUAUCCAAGCGAUAAUGAUCGAUAUCCUAAUACCAUAGACAGAUAUCCUAUUCCUGAGGAUCCCUUGGAUCGAUAUCCAUCGGGUUUGGGAGGCGCCAGACCUCCUCUUGAUCGGUAUCCCGUUAGUGAAAGGUAUCCUGACAAGGAUAUUUAUCCUAAUCGAUUUCCACCUUCGUCACACGGAGGAUACUCCCCAACUUACCCUGUGGACGACGUAUAUGGUCCCCAGGCUCAUCCCCAGGCUCAUCCAGACCGUAAUCCCUAUGGCAUAGGAGGGCCCACACGUCCUCUAGGCUAUGGUGGUUACAGCAACGAAGGUGGAAUAAUCGGUGGUGGUUACAUAGGCGAAGGUGGAGUGUACAAUUCACGGCCUUUCGGCACCAGUGGCGGUCCCAUCAUCGGUCGACCGCCAUUGGUGUCCAGAUGCGACGAACAGGACAACUUUCGCCAAGUGGGUCCCCACACGAGAGUCCGUAAACCAUUCGUCAGACGGUACACGACAGCUUCCUCCCUGGCCCAGUGUGAAAGGGAGUGUGCGGACGCCAGGGACUUCGUGUGCAGAUCUUUCAAUUAUCGCCCUUACGCAGCACCCUAUGGAGCUGAAAGAGACAACUGUGAGUUGAGCGAUCGCGACUCCAGAGAUAUGGACAUGGGCAAUCCUGUAUACUACGAUACGGGGUCCGAUUACGACUUCUACGAGAGGAACAACGGCAGGCAGGGAGCUGACACGGAGUGUCUCGACGUGAGUCAAGUGUGUAGCGAAGACGGGAUGGAAUUUACUUUAAGGACACCGGAAGGAUUCAUUGGUCGGAUUUACACUUAUGGCUAUUACGAUCGCUGCUUCUUCCGUGGAAAUGGAGGAACUGUGAACGUUCUUCGAAUCAGUGGUCCCCAGGGUUAUCCCGAAUGCGGCACUCAAAGAUACGGAGAUACAAUGACGAACAUCGUCGUAGUACAAUUCUCAGACUACGUGCAAACCGGAAGGGAUAAACGUUUCAAUCUCACCUGUCUAUUUCGAGGCCCUGGCGAAGCUGUCGUCACAUCCGGCUACAUCGGUGCCGGGUAUGCCAGAUCAGGGUCUCCAAUCCCAAUCGAGUACCUUCCAGCAGAAAAUACUCUGAGUUCUCGAGUGCGUUUACUGAUUUUAUAUCAGGGCAGGCCUACGACGACUAUUGCUGUUGGAGAUCCACUCACAUUUAGGCUAGAAGCACAAGAUGGAUACAAUUAUGUAACUGACAUUUUUGCUACUAAUGUCAUAGCAAGGGAUCCAUAUUCAGGAAGAAGUGUUCAACUUAUAGAUAGAUAUGGUUGUCCAGUAGACAAUUACGUGUUCCCUGGAUUAGAUCGUUUGCGGGAUGGUGACAGCCUCGAAGCACGUUUCAACGCUUUCAAAAUCCCUGAAUCCAAUUUCUUGGUGUUCGAGGCGACAGUGCGAACAUGUCGAGACGGUUGUCAACCAGCUUAUUGCUCGGGUGGUACCGGAAGGAGCGAACCAUCCUUUGGAAGACGUCGAAGAGACCUGUCGCAAAAUGACACGAUCGUUGAGGAAAACGAAAUAAGCAUUAUAACAGAGAAAAAUACAAAUGACACGUCUUCGAAUUCGACGUUCGUCGUCGAAGACACUGUCUCCAAAGAAGAAGAAGAGGCGGAGGAGGAAGAGGAGGAGGAGGAACACGUGAGAGAAAUGAUCGAGGUUUUGGAUUCAAGGAUGGAUAUUGAUGAAGAAACUGUGGUCGAAAAACAAACUACUAUAAUGGAGAGCGUCUGCAUAACUCCUAAUGAAUAUUAUGGACUAGUAACAGCAGUGGCAGUGCUGGUAGUACUUUUAGCAUCCGUGGUAUUGUUAUCCAUGUUGAUAUACAGAAAAUAUGCUUACGCAAUAAUCACAAAGAAUCGCAGAGUUGACAAAGCAUGUAAUCGAAGCAAUCAUUCGGACGAUGCUUAUAGUAGUCGUGCUAACAAUUUCUCUUUCUUAAGAUCGGGUCUUCAGAAACCAUUUCAGUCUACGUCGAUCUCCCGAUCAAUGAGUAACGUGAUCGGUCAACGCGUGAGCUCGUCAUCGACCGCUCUGGAAGGCGCAGUAGGAUUGUCAUCCAGUAGAAGAACCGGCUUUGACCCUAGCGAACCGAUCUACACCGAUCCAUCAUUGUUCGAGGUUGCUCGUUGCUCGUCGCCUAAACCCGUCCUCGAUGAUAACUUCCAUCUUAUGUGAAGAUCAAAUCUCGUUAAAUAUUCCUUUUCAAAACGUGAACUUGGCGUUAGUCCAACAUUCGAGACUUGAAAAUAGAGAAAUAGAGACGUCAAUGGGUUUUCUAUUGUAAUCAAAGGAAAUAGGAAAAUUUGGAUAAAAUUGUCAUUUAACAAAAUUUAAUUUCAAUGAUAUUAGAAUUUAAAAAUACUUGCUAUAUAGUAUUGUUGUAACAAUUUGAUUAAUUAAUCAUUUAGGGUUCGUUGAUCUUCGAAAUAUUAGAUUGUUCUUUCUAUUUCUUUCUCUUCUAUUCUUUCCAUUUUCAUGAUUUCAAACACAGCUAGUCAAAUUCACUGACCACUGCCAGCUACGACUGCCAUGUCGAUAAACUGACACAUUGUAUACUGUCAUUGGUUUACUAUGAGUCAAGAUUAUUCUCUUUAUCUAUUGUUCAAAGUCUUAUAUAGAGAUACAAUGAUUGUAUAUUGACUCGUUACUUUCCUGAAGAGCGAUAUUUAUAAUUAUUUAGCGUUAAUUUUUUUUAAGAGAAAUCUGAAAGACAUUAAAAAAUUUAGCAAUUAUAAAAAAAUAUUUAGAAUGCAAUCUUCAAUAAUCUAUUAAAAAUAAGUUGAUAAAUCUUAUAGAAAAAAGUAAAAUUUAAGAUCUUCUUUAUCUAAUUCUCUAAUUUAUUUUCUGAUAAAAACAGCAAUUAUUUUUUUAAUUGAAUUUUAAAAAUUAUAAUCAUCUUUUUACAAUACGAUAUUUUUCUAUUAUUUUCAACUUAUAUAUUCAAUUUUUUUUAAAUUAGCAUGAUAAAAUGAGACUAUUUAUAGCUUUUAUACGAAAUAGCCUAAAAAAGCAUCAAAACAAGGAUUAAAAAGAAAAUCCUCGUUCGUAUUUAAAAAACAUUACCUAUUAUGGAAUCAUAAGUAACUAGCAUUACGAGCUUUUAUUUAUUAUGAUUUCAAUUGUAGUUAGAAAGAAAUUCCAAAUAAUAAACAGAUAUACAUAAAUAGAA